GGUACACUAAGCUUGCUCCAUGAUCGGGGCCUUGUUUCCUCUCCUGGCAUGGCCUAUUCUUCGCACAUCUGCUCAGGCCGGGAAACCCCCUGUAAACGUUGAACUCAGGACAUCGUGGCCGGCGACUCCCAUACUACUUGAAAGCUUAGAGGCUGUGGCCAUAGAGGACCUAUCGUCUUUCUUUCCAGUCCUAGAUGCCGUAACAGACCCCUCGGUUUUUCCUCUCCCCGCGGACAGGUCCUCGCCCGAGCAUGCGCACAAGCAUGUCUUGAAUGUCGCGCUCGCCCUGGACCAUCUGGCCUCUCCUGGCGCGUACGUUGCAGCGGAGAUGCACCUCGCUCUGCACUCGGCAAGCCCGAAGCUCGAAGCUUUCUACCAGUAUUAUAAUGAUCACCAUGCCCCGAGGAAGGAGGCGUCCGGGAAAAACGACGAUGAGUGCGGCUCUUGGGUAGACUGGUACGGAGAGGUUGUGUGCGACUCGAAGACCCUGGCGAGGCUGGUAGAGACGGAGACCCUAGAGCCCGAGGAAGGGAGCGAGAACGUUACCUCUUCCGCUCCGCCUUCGUCGCCUAAACUACUGCCUUUCGACCAUGUCCUCCCCGACCCCACCCGUCUCCUCCAUCACCCACCCCAGACGGCCAUCCUCUACGCCGCGCUCGACUCUCCCAACUUCCGAGAGCUCCACGCAUACCUCUACACCGCUGCGCAAGGCCCGUCUCCACACAUCACGUACGUCUUCCGCCCUAUGCCCCCGGUACACCGCAACGCGAGCGAGCGGACGUACCUCUCUGGUUAUGGCGUCGCGCUGGACCUCAAGAAAAUGGACUACCUCGCGGUGGAUGACCGCCUGCAAUCCGGGAGCACCCAAGACGACGACUCGGGCGCCGCGGUCCACGUCGAAGAGGUCGACCCGAUCGUUACGCUCUUGCAGCAGUACCCUAUCGACGAUGGCGUAGACGUUACGCUUCCUCUCACGGAGGCCGAGCUUCUCGAUAUCGACAUCCAAGCCGCCCAGCUCGUCUACGACGCACCGCUCGCGGACAAACUGACCACGCUCAAGCACCUCUGCCAGAACUUCCCGCGCUACGCGGGCGCGCUCGCGCGCCGCGUCCCCAUCCAAGAGGAUCUCCUGGAAGAAAUCGCCGCGAACCAGCCCCGCGCGCGCGGCGGGCUGAACGCUGUGUGGCUCAAUGGCGUCCCGCUCGAGGAGAAGGACUUGAACCCGUGGGGGCUUCUCCGGCUCAUGCGGAGAGAGCGUAAGGUGGUGGGGGAACUGAUGGCGUUGGGGUUGACGAGUGAAGAGAGUAUCGAGCUGCUGACCCACGCGAAGAUCGCGAAGGCGCAGACGGAAGGCGGGGCGCUGGACGGACUUUUUGAUGCCAGUGACCGCGCGGAAGGUGGUGGUGUCAUUUCGUGGUUCAACGAUUUUGAGAAGGACGAGCGCUACGCGCGCUGGGGCGGAAGCCUCAAAAUCCUUCUUCGCCAGAUGUACCCCGGCCAGUUCCCGGCACUCAAGUUCAACAUGUUUAACAUCGUCUUGGCCGUCGACCUUUCCCAGCUGAGCAGUGUCGACUUCCUCGCGACGACUGUUCAGGCGCUCAUCAAUCGCGGUCUGCCUUUCCGCUGGGGUAUUGCCCCUAUAGUGGAGACUGAGGAUGGUGCGCGCAUGGCGCGACUGUUCUACUACCUGAGGGAGAAUUUCGGUCCGCAGGAGACAUUUGGAUUCUUCUACAACAUCGCCCAGCGCGACCAGGCUUUCGAGACCCUCCGACCAUCAGUCGACUGGCCGAACGUUCGGUCCGUCUUCAAGGCGCUCCUGGCACGCCAAGAGGAACUUCCCGAAGGCCUUGAGACGGACCUCGACACGAUCCUGGAAGGCACCGAGGGAGACUUGGACAAGCAGCGCGCAUACGCCGCCAGGUUGAGCACGAAGCUCUCCGAAGCACCACAGGGACACGUGUUCUUCAAUGGGAAGCACUUCGAUCUUGACGACGACUUCCUCCGGUACCUUCAGACCGAAGCGUCUGAACAUCUGCAGCAUCUCCAGCUCAAGGUGUACAGGGGCGAGCUGACGGACGAAGACGACGCGGAGAGCAUCUCGACGUACUUCUACGACCUUCCGACGACCGCGAAGCGGCGGAACAUGUAUGUCCACCCGUCGACAGCGGUGGGCGGCUUGAGGAUAUUGAGCCUUCCAGAGUUUGUUGAGAGUAAUGGGCUGGAGAGCAAGCCAGGCGCGUUCGCCUAUCCUGAGGAUUCGGAACAGGUCCUGCUCACAACAUAUAUCGUCGCUGACUUCGACAGCGAGGAGAGUAGGGGACUCAUCAAGGAGGCAUUGUUGUCGAUGACCCCGGGUUCGCUCAGCCGUCUCUCCUUCAUACACAAUCCCGCGACAGUCUCUCCGUUCGCCAAGUCCGACAAAUUCGCAAGCCCUUCACGGUUCCUCGCCGAGCUUGUCACGCGAGGCCUCCUCUCCAAAAUGACCCCCGAGCGCCUUCUCAAUGCCCUUGGGCUCGGCGACCCGGAGGUGUCGGUUGACUACGAGAAGCAGGAGCCGUACUUCAACGAGCUGACGGGGAGCAAGGUAUUUUCUGGAGAGGAGUACUCUAAGUACUUGAAUGCAUGCAGGCUUGCAGCACGGCAGUUGGAAUUACGGCCUGGCGAGCAGGCAGUCAUUGUCAACGGACGGGUUGUUGGGCCCAUCAAACCCGGAGAGUUCGUCGCCGGCGAUUUUGAGACCCUCGCGGCGUACGAGAACAACAAGCGCGUCCAACCCGCCUACGAAGCCCUACUCGACGUCCACGAGUCUCUCGGGAACGCAGCGAAGGAGGAUUUAGCCGAGUUGGUUUCGAUCGUGUCUUCGAUCGUUUCCUCCAUCCAGCAGCCAGACCCGAGUGAAGCCGGGUUGUUCAAUGCACCUCAGAGGCCGCGCCUCCGGAGCUACCAGAUGCUCGGUGGCACCUACACAUCGUUUUCGGUCGGAGACAACUCCACUGCGAUCUACCACUUCGGCGUCCUAGUCGACCCCAUUAGCUCGGCUGCACAGAAGUGGACGAGCUUGUUUGAGUGGCUGCAGGAGAUACCGGGUGUCUACAUCGAGUUUCAUGUCAACCCGACGAGGUUCCAUGAGCUGCCAUUGAAGCGUUUCUACAGGUACAACCUCUCACCCCGACUAACAUUCGACGAGCAUGGAAACGAGGUGCACGCGAAAACGCAGUUCACUCAGUUGCCAGUCGAGCCCAUCUACACCCUCGCCAUGGACACUCCCCAGUCCUGGUUGAUCCGCCCUAAGGAGGCGCGGUACGAUCUCGACAACAUACAACUCAGCAAGCUCUCCGCACAGGAUCGCGUCUCGGGCCUUAAGGCGGUCUUCGACCUCGACUAUCUUGUUGUCGAAGGGCACGCGCGUGAAAGCGCGACCAAUGCCCCGCCGCGUGGAUUGCAGAUGCAGCUCGUCACAAGCAACUCCACGCCCAUCGCAGACACGCUUGUCAUGGCGAACCUCGGCUACGUGCAAUUUAAGACAAAACCCGGCGUAUACAGGCUUGAGAUUCGUCCAGGUCGUGGACGAGAAAUCUUUCUGAUGGAGAGCGUGGGCAAUGAGGGGUGGACCAGUCCGACUGUGGACGAGGCCGGUGACGAAGUUACUGUUACCAGUUUCGAGGGCGUCACGCUCUACCCGCGGCUGGCGAGAUUGCCUGGGAAGGAGAGGGAGGACGUACUGCAGGCAACCAGCUCACAGACCAAAGAACAGGGGGUAGUGGAGAACCUAAUGGCCAAAGUCUCGUCUCUGUUCGGCUCCAAGCAUAAAGAGGAGGCGGCGGUUGCGCCGGUUGACGAUGGCCAGGCCGAUAUCAACAUCUUCACAGUCGCAUCGGGCCACUUAUACGAGCGCUUCGCAUCCAUUAUGAUUCUCAGCGUCCUCCGUCACACCAAGAGCAGUGUCAAGUUUUGGUUCAUCGAAAACUUCCUGUCGCCUGAUUUCUUGGAAUUCCUUCCUCACUUCGCCGCUGAGUAUGGUUUCCAGUACGAGCUGAUCACGUACAAAUGGCCUUCCUGGCUUCGCGCCCAGAUAGAGAAGCAACGUAUCAUUUGGGCUUACAAGAUCCUGUUCCUUGACGUCCUUUUCCCCAUGGACCUCAAGAAGGUUAUUUUCGUCGACGCCGAUCAGAUCGUACGGGCAGACUUGAAGGAGCUCGUAGAUCUGGAUUUGCAUGGCGCGCCGUACGGAUACACUCCGAUGGGAGAUGACAAUCCGGAUACCGAAGGCUUCCGGUUCUGGAAGACGGGCUAUUGGAAGGACUUCUUACGCGGUCUGCCAUAUCACAUCAGUGCUCUUUAUGUCGUCGACCUCGUGCGGUUCCGUGAAAUCGCGGCUGGAGAUAUACUGCGUGGACAUUAUCAACAGCUGUCCGCCGACCCUAACUCACUUGCUAACCUCGACCAAGAUCUUCCGAAUAACCUCCAGCGUGAGGUACCGAUCUACUCUCUUCCGGAAGACUGGCUAUGGUGUGAAACAUGGUGUAGCAAGGACCGCCUCCAUCGUGCCAAGACCAUUGAUCUAUGUCAGAACCCUCUCACGAAAGAGCCCAAGCUGGAUAGAGCGCGUCAAAUUCCUGAAUGGGAAGUAUAUGACAACGAGAUCGGCGCCUUCGCGCGCAGGCUUCGGUCAGGUCAAGGGGGCAGCGAGGACACCCAAGACACCCUUAUUAAAGACACUCCGAAACAUGUCAAGCAUGAGGAGCUUUAACGCUUCACAUAGCUGCCCUGCAGAACGGAUGGUUGUUGUAGACAUAACUUAUGAGCUAUCGCGUUCG